GGAUAUGUGUGGAAGAGGAACAGCGGUGCCAUCGAUGCAGAGGGAGAAGUUGUGGGAUUUCGGGCCGACGAUGAGGAUUUCAGAUUUGUCGCUGUUGAGUUUGAGAAAGUUUGCUUAUAUCCAGGUCUUUAAUGUCUUUUAAGGCACUUGGGGGUGAUGGAUUUGGUGGAGAUGUAGAGCUGUGUGUCGGCAUAGCGGUGGGAAUGGAGACAAUGGUGGCUUAUGAAGAGGAUGGGACCAAGUACCGAACUUUAGGGGACACCUUGAGAGACAAGGGGCUGGGUCGGACUUGAAUGUAUUGAUACUAAUGAACUAUAGAGGUAGAACUAGAGAGGUAUAAUUUGAACAUGUUGUACUGCAGGGAAGGUAGUGUUCUGGAAAUUGUGUCUUGAGAUUUGAUGGAAUUUACAACGCUAAUAAUGCUAGUAGGUUAAUAUGAAAAAAAACAUUUAUCUACUGAACUAACUGAAGAAUUAUCAGCAUUUAAGUUAAUCAGUGGUGAGCUUUAAUCGGCUGACGUUAAAAGAAACUAGGGUCCUGAAUUCCUCUUUGUUUCAUUGUUAGCUGGUUUAGUCAUAACCAAAUGUGCUCCUGAUUUUAUUAAAAUAUGGUCUCGAAAUGUACUCUUUAGUAUUGCUGCAUGGAUAAUGCAGCUGUGGUGAUACUUUGUUUUGAUAAGUCAGUAAUUUUGGUUCACUGUUCACAAUCAAGAAUGCAGGUGAGGUUGACAGUUCUGUACCCGAUGGAUUUAGAUGAAAAUCACUUUCACGAUGAUGUAGUCAUAUUCAUCAUUAAUCUAGUGUUUUUGGUCGUUUGCUGUGGAUGUUCUCAUUUGGAGACCUCUGUUGAGCUUGAAUGUUAAGGAUCGCAUACAAUAUGCAGGUAAUGCGUUACACAUAGGGUCGAUGGACUUAUAUUAACAUGCACCGCAUCGAUGAACAGUGGCCACACAGUCCGUGCCGGAACGUUACUCACUUUUUGCACACUACCCAGAGUCAUGAUGACUGUGCCAACGGCUAGUGCCUAUGUGCUAUGGAAACAAGCGCGGAUACUCUGAAAAAUAAAGCAACGGACGGAUGAAGACAUUUCUUUACAGAAUAACUUGACUGGAACAUGCUGUUAAGUGGGUACUGCCAAAUUCAUUCUCUGAGCAUCAAAUAGAGAUUAUCGACAAUGAAGGUAGACAGAAGCAAGUUAAAGAAAACUCCUACGGAAGCUCCUGCCGACUGCAGGAUACUUAUAGAGAAGCUCAAGGCAUGCAGUGAUGAGCAACUGCUGGUUGAACUGCAGCACAUCAAGACCUGGAAUAUUGGCAAGUGUGAGCUGUACCACUGGGUGGAUCUACUGGACCGCUUUGAUGGCAUACUGUGUGAUGCAGGCCAGACAGUGGAGAACAUGUCAUGGCUGCUGGUGUGUGACCGUCCCGAUAAUGGACAGCUCAAAGCCCUGCUUUUGGCAGUUCUCAACUUCACGGCCCUGCUCAUUGAGUAUAGCUUCUCUAGGCACCUCUACAGCUCCAUAGAGCACUUAACCACCUUGUUAGCAUCAUGUGACAUGCAGGUGGUCCUGUCUGUGCUGAACCUGCUGUAUGUGUUCAGUAAGCGCUCCAACUACAUCACAAGACUGGGAUCUGACAAAAGGACGCCUCUGCUGGCCCGAUUGCAACACCUGGCUGAGAGCUGGGGAGGAAAGGAGAAUGGCUUUGGUCUGGCUGAGUGCUGCAGGGAUCUGCUUAUGACGCAGAAGUACCCGCCCAGUGCCACCACCCUGCACUUUGAGUUUUACGCUGAACCGGGCCCCGAGGUAAAAGUAGAGAGGAAGACAAGUAGUAACACACUACACUAUAUUCACAUCGAGCAGCUCGACAAGAUAUCAGAGAGCCCAUCUGAGAUCAUGGAGUCAUUGACUGUGAUGUACAACAUCCCUAAAGACAAGCAGACCUUGCUGUUCACACACAUUCGACUGGCCCAUGGUUUCUCAAAUCACAAGAAGAGGUUGCAGGCUGUGCAGGCCCGCCUGCAUGCUAUCUCUAUACUGGUGUAUUCAAAUGCACUCCAAGAGUCGGCCAACAGUAUUCUGUAUAACGGCUUGAUAGAGGAGCUGGUGGAUGUAUUACAGAUUACAGACAAACAGCUUGUGGAUAUCAAGGCAGCGUCUUUGCGCACUUUAACUUCGAUUGUCCAUCUGGAGAGGACGCCCAAGCUUUCCAACAUCAUCGACUGCACCGGCACUGCCUCCUACCAUGGCUUCCUGCCUGUGUUGGUGCGCAACUGCAUACAAGCAAUGAUCGACCCUCUGAUGGAACCCUACCCGCACCAGUUUGCCACUGCGCUCUUCUCAUUCCUCUACCACUUGGCUAGCUAUGAUGCUGGAGGGGAAGCCCUUGUGUCCUGUGGCAUGAUGGAAGCCCUCCUGAAGGUUAUCAAGUUUCUGGGUGAUGAGCAGGACCAGAUCACCUUUGUGACGCGAGCAGUGCGGGUCGUGGACCUCAUCACCAACCUUGAUAUGGCUGCCUUUCAGUCCCACAGCGGCCUUACCAUUUUUAUCUCCAGGCUAGAGCAUGAGGUGGACCUGUCAAGGAAAGAGUGCCCUUUUGUCAUCAAGCCAAAGAUCCAGAGGCCUAGCACAGCUAACGAGUCUGAAGACAUGGACACAGACAUGGAGAUGUCAGAGGUUGCCAUGGAAAGUAGCCCUGGACCGUCCACGUCUUCUGGUUCCAGACCAGAAGCGGACCUCCGAGCACAGACCAGUGCUUCUAACACGCCCCGUGCAGGUAUGCAGUGUAUACCCCAGAGGGCAGCGCUGUUAAAGUCGAUGCUCAAUUUUUUGAAGAAAGCAAUCCAGGACCCUGCCUUUUCUGAUGGUAUCCGCCACGUAAUGGAUGGUUCGUUGCCUACCUCACUCAAGCACAUCAUCAGUAAUGCAGAGUAUUACGGCCCUUCACUGUUCCUCUUGGCGACGGAGGUUGUGACAGUGUUUGUGUUCCAGGAGCCAUCCCUGCUCUCCUCCCUGCAGGAUAACGGUCUCACUGAUGUCAUGCUGCACGCCCUUCUCAUCAAAGAUGUUCCUGCUACCCGUGAGGUGUUGGGUUCUCUCCCUAAUGUGUUCAGCGCCCUCUGCCUGAACGCGAGAGGCCUGCACUCCUUCGUUCAGUGCCAGCCGUUUGAGCGCCUCUUCAAAGUGCUUUUGUCCCCUGACUACCUGCCUGCCAUGCGACGGCGGCGCAGCUCAGACCCGUUGGGUGACACUGCAUCCAAUUUGGGGAGUGCUGUGGAUGAGCUCAUGAGGCACCAGCCCACUUUGAAGACUGAUGCUACUACUGCCAUUAUUAAGUUACUGGAGGAGAUCUGCAACCUAGGUCGAGCCCCCGAGUACAUCUGCCAGAAACCGUCUAUCCAGAAAGCAGAUGGCACUGUGGCGGUGCCACCAGCACGCUCCAGUCACGCUGCUGAAGAAGCUUCAAGUGAGGACGAAGAGGAAGAGGAGGCCCUCCACACAUUCAGCCAGCAGCAGGGGGAAGCAGAGAGCACCAGACAGUCAGUGCCACUUGAACUGGUCGUGGGCACUGAGGAGCGGAUACCCAUUCCUCUAAUGGAUUAUAUUCUGAAUGUGAUGAAGUUUGUGGAAUCCAUUCUAAGCAACAACACCACAGAUGACCACUGUCAGGAGUUUGUCAGCCAGAAGGGUCUGCUACCUCUGGUUUCUAUUCUGGGCCUGCCCAACUUGCCCAUAGACUUCCCCACGUCUGCUGCCUGCCAGGCUGUAGCCGGUGUCUGCAAGUCCAUAUUGACUCUCUCUCAUGAGCCUAAGGUACUCCAGGAGGGCCUGUGCCAACUGGACAGCAUCCUGACGUCUCUGGAGCCACUUCAUCGACCGAUUGAGGUGCCUGGUGGAUCCGUCCUUCUCAGAGAACUGGCCAACGCGGGCCAUGUCACCGACCCGACGUUGUCGGCCCGUGCCACACCACUGCUACAUGCUCUUACUGCAGCGCAUGCCUACAUCCUCAUGUUUGUCCAUACUUGCAGAGUAGGACAGAGUGAGAUCAGAGCUAUCUCAGUCAACCAGUGGGGCUCCCAGCUGGGCUUGAGUGUUCUCAACAAGCUGAGUCAGCUCUACUGCUCUCUGGUAUGGGAGAGUACCGUGCUGCUGUCCCUGUGCACGCCUAACAGUCUGCCUCCAGGAUGCGAGUUUGGCCAGGCCGACAUGCAGAAGCUGGUGCCCAAAGAGGAGAAGCCAUCUGGCAGCACUGCAGCAACCACAUCAUCUGGCUCAAGGAGAACUGAGUCUGAGGCAGUGACUGUGGAUUCAACUGCUGGUGGACUGUUGGAAGGCAUGGGUCUAGAUGGGGACACCUUGGCUCCCAUGGAGACGGACGAACCCACCGCAACAGACCCGAAGGCCAAGUCCAAACUCACCCCAGCUAUGGCCACCCGCAUAAAACAGAUAAAACCUCUACUGUCUGCUUCAUCUCGGUUAGGGCGGGCUCUGGCUGAGCUGUUUGGCCUGCUGGUGAAGCUGUGUGUGGGCUCCCCAGUGCGCCAACGCCGCUCCCACCACGCCACAAGCACAGGCACUACCCCCACGCCUGCUGCCCGGGCCACUGCCUCUGCCCUGACAAAGCUCCUCACCAAGGGUCUGAGUUGGCAGCCCCCGCCCUACACACCCACGCCUCGUUUCAGGCUGACUUUCUUCAUCUGCUCAGUGGGCUUCACAUCCCCCAUGCUGUUUGAUGAGAGGAAGUACCCCUACCACCUUAUGUUGCAAAAGUUCUUUUGCUCUGGGGGUCAUGAUGCCUUAUUUGAGACAUUUAACUGGGCCCUGUCGAUGGGUGGGAAGGUACCUGUAUCUGAGGGUCUGGAGCACACUGAUCUACCAGAUGGGACAGGGGAGUUCCUGGAUGCUUGGUUAAUGCUGGUGGAGAAGAUGGUGAACCCAAGCACUGUGCUGGACUCACCCCAUUCCCUGCCAGCUAAAAUGCCUGGGGUCACACCCACCAUGCCCCAGUUCAGUGCCCUUCGGUUCCUCAUAGUCACCCAGAAGGCUGCAUUCAGUUGCAUUCGCAGUCUGUGGAACAGAAAGCCACUGAAGGUGUAUGGAGGCCGGAUGGCUGAAUCAAUGCUAGCCAUCCUCUGCCACAUACUGAGAGGGGAGCCUGUAAUUCAGGAGCGCCUGACCAAGGAGAGAGAGGGGGCGGUGCGCCCGGAUGACGAGGCGGCCUCCACUGUUUCUUUGGCACCCAGUGGAGCCACUGGAGCAUCGACAACAGGUGGAGAGGCACCAGCCGCGGCUGGAACAGCACCUGCAGUGCCAGCAGCACCAGCAGCAGGAGGAGGAGGAGGAGGAGGCGGAGGAGGCAGCGGCGGUGGAGAAGGCAGCGGCGGUGGAGGAGGAUCAGGAACAGGAGGAGGAUCAGGAACAGGAGGAGGAUCAGGAACAGGAGGAGGAACUGGAACAACUGAGGAUAUAACCACUUCUACCCCCCGCCGUGAGCCCCAGGUUAACCAGGCCCAGCUUACACAGGGAAGGUGCAGAGAGAGGGAGAGGAACGAACAGGUCCGCCAGGAGCAGCUCCAGCAGCUGAUGGAUAUGGGUUUCUCAAGAGAGCAUGCCAUGGAGGCCCUACUGAACACCAGCACCAUGGAGCAGGCCACGGAGUACCUUCUAACUCACCCUCCUCCACUUCUUGGUGGAGCAGUAAGGGACCUGACUAUGUCUGAAGAGGACCAGAUGAUGAGAGCCAUUGCCAUGUCACUUGGGCAAGAGGUCAGCAUGGAGCAGCGGUCUGAUUCUCCUGAGGAAGCCGCACGUCGGCGUGAGGAGGACGACCGGAGAGCCAGGGAGCGGGCCGAGGAGGAGGAGGCCCGCUGCUUGGAGCGCUUCAUGGAGGCUGAGCCACUGGACCCCAAGGAGCUGCAUACCUUCACUGACUCCAUGCUGCCGGGCUGCUUCCACCUCCUGGAUGAGCUGCCUGACACAGUCUACCGACUGUGUGACCUUUUGAUGACCGCCAUUAAGAGGAGUGGCCCGGAGUACAGAGAGCUCAUCCUCGGCCAGGUUGUCCACCAGGUGUGGGAGGCAGCAGACGUUCUCAUCAAGGCGGCUGAGCCCCUGACUACCAGCGACACAAAGACUGUGUCUGAGUGGACCAGACAGAUGGCCACACUUCCCCAAGCGUCCAAGCUUGCAACACGAAUUCUGCUGCUCACGUUGCUGUUUGAGGAACUGAAGCUGUUGGGUGCCAGAGUCGUGGAGAACAGUGGGAUUCUUGACUUGCUGAUCAAGCUCCUCGAAGUUGUGCAGCCUUGUCUGCAAGCUGCUAAAGAACAGAAAGACAUCCAGACACCCAAAUGGAUCACGCCAGUACUGUUGAUCAUUGACUUCUAUGAGAAGAUGGCUGUAUCUUCAAAGCGCAGGGAACAAAUGAACAAGUAUCUGCAACCCAAUGGGAAUAACUGGCGAUGGUUUGAUGACCGCUCAGGCCGCUGGUGCAGCUACAGUGCAUCAAACAACAGCACCAUUGACUCGGCGUGGAGGGCCGGGGAGAGCAGUGUCCGCUUCACAGCUGGACGCCGGAGAUACACUGUGCAGUUUAACACCAUGGUGCAGGUAAACGAAGAGACUGGUAACAGGAGGCCGGUGAUGUUGACUGUCCAGAGAGUGCCGCGCAUGCCGAAGCCUGCCAAGACUGGUAGCAUUACUGACUCCGAGAGAGAAGAGGGAGACCGGAGCAAAGCAGAGGAAACCCAGACUGACCUGGACUCAGGAGCAGCAGUGGAGAUGAGUGUUCCUAAGGAUGAUUCCAGCCAGCUGAAGGAGACCACGUCUGGCCCCUCAUCUUCCUUGGAGUCGGAUAACUCUCAGAGCACUGAUAUUGUUGUACAAGGCCUGACGGAGGACAUGACCACCGUUCUUAUUCGUGCCUGUGUCAGUAUGAUUAGCGUUCCUGUGGACCCAGACACACUCCACGCCACAUUGCGUCUGUGCUUGCGUCUCACACGCAAUCACCACUACGCUAUGAUGUUUGCUGAGCUGAAGAGCACACGGAUGAUUUUGGGGCUGACUCAGAGCUCCGGCUUCAAUGGCUUCACCCCGCUUGUUACACUGCUGUUCAGACACAUCAUAGAAGAUCCGGCCACGCUGCGGCACACCAUGGAGAAGGUGGUGAGGUCCGCCGUGACCAGCGGAGCAGGUAGCACCACAUCAGGAGUGGUGUCAGGCAGCCUUGGAUCCAGAGAAAUCAAUUAUAUCCUCCGCGUCCUGGGCCCUGCCGCCUGCCGUAACCCCGACUGCUUCGCUGAAACCGCCAGCAACUGUGUUCGCAUUGCUCUGCCUGCACCCCGGGGAGCUGGCACAGCCUCCGAUGACGAGUUUGAGAACCUUCGGAUCAAGGGGCCCAAUGCUGUGCAGCUGGUUAAGACCACUCCUCUGAAGCUGUCCCCCUUACCCACUAUCCCUGACACCAUCAAGGAAGUCAUCUAUGACAUGCUCAAUGCUCUGGCUGCCUACCAUGCUCCUGAAGAACCUGAACGUCCAGAAGAACGUGCAGCAGCGGUGCCUGGUGGACCAGACCUGUGCCAGAUAUUGCAGGACGUUGGGGAUGACGUUUAUCAGCAGUACAGACUCACCCGGCAGGGCAGCGACUUUGACUCCCAGUCUGCAUUCCAUAUUAAUGCUCAAGUGUUUUCUGCUGAUGGAGGCGUGGCCGAGUCAUCCCAGUCUGGCACACCACAAGGAGAAGCAUCCACACCAGAAGAGAUGCGGGAGGAAAAGAAAGAGCAGGAGGGAGAGAAGAGUACCAGCUCAGAGGAGGGUAAAGCAGCUAAGGUAAAGGCCAGCAAGCCUCUAAUGCCUACCUCCACCAUCCUGAGACUGCUGGCUGAAUUAGUGCGCUCCUACGUGGGCAUCGCCACUCUAAUCGCCUCCUACUGCUACACUGCUGGACAGUCUGAGCUUAUUAAGGAGGACUGUAGUGUUCUUGCCUUUGUGCUCGACCACUUACUGCCCCACACCCAGAAUUUGGAGGACAAGGACACCCCAGCCUUGGCACGUCUCUUCCUAGCCAGCCUGGCAGCUGCCGGCACGGGCACUGAUGCCCAGGUGGCCCUGGUCAAUGAGGUGAAGGCUGCCCUUAGUCGAGCACUAGCAAUGACAGAAGGUCCUGAAAAACAUGCCAGGCUUCAGGCGGUGAUGUGCAUCAUCAGCACCAUCAUGGAAUCAUGUCCCUCAACGUCCAGUUUCUAUAGCACAGCAGCAGCCAAGACGCAACACAAUGGCAUGAACAAUAUCAUACGGCUCUUUCUUAAGAAAGGACUGGUCAACGAUCUGGCCCGUGUGCCUCACAGCUUGGAUUUGUCCAGUCCCAACAUGGCCAACACGGUAAAUGCUGCCUUGAAGCCUCUGGAGACUCUGUCCCGAAUUGUUAACCAGCCCAGCAGUCUGUUUGGGGCCAAAGGAAGCUCCAGCAAGAACAAGACUGAACAUGACACUGUGGGCACUGCAAGGGACAGCAACAGCAACACUCAGGACCAAGGAGAGUCUGGUGAGUCCGAGCCAGUGGAGGGCAACCACAGGGUGCAGGGAACAGACAACGACCUGAUGGAUGGAGAGACGGAGGGAGACACGGUGGUCAUUGCUGGUCAGCCAGAGGUUCUCAGCACACAGGCUAUGCAGGUAGAAAAUGAAUUGGUGGAUCUGAUUGAUGAGCUGCUGGAGAGAGAUGCUGGCACCGUCAACAGCACGAUAAUAGUGGGACGCAGCGGUGAAGAUGAAUCUCAAGAGGAUGUGUUGAUGGAUGAGGCCCCCUCCAAUAUUAGCCAGACAUCCACUCUUCAGGCCAACCGGGAAGACUCCAUGAACAUCCUGGAACCAGACGAUGAGGAGCACACACAGGAGGAAGAUUCAAGUGGUAGCAAUGAUGAUGAAGACAGUCAGGAUGAAGAGGAAGAGGAGGAGGAAGAAGAGGAGGAGGAUCAAGAUGAUGAAGAAGGAGAUGAGGAUGAUGAUGAUGAAGGUUCAGAGAUGGAGCUGGAUGAGGACUUCCCUGACAUCAAUGCCGCACCACACAUCCGCUUCGAAAGGUUUGACAGGGAUGAUGACCUCAUCAUAGAGUUUGACAACAUGUUCUCCAACAACGCUGACAUCCCUCCCUCCCCAGGCAACAUCCCCAGCUCCCACCCACUGAUGGUGCGCCACGCAGACCACGGUUCCCUCACCCUAGGUGUGGCCGGCACUAGCAGCCGCCUGGCACAGGGCAUGGGUCGCAGCCAGCGUACACUGCGGCAGCUCACUGCCAACAGCGGACACACCAUCCACGUCCACUACCCUGGCAACCGCCAGCCGAACCCUCCGCUCAUCUUGCAAAGACUGUUGGGCCCCAGCGCUGCAGCAGACAUUUUACAGCUGUCCAGCUCCCUGCCUCUGCAAUCUCGUGGUCGGGCCCGCCUUUUGGUCGGUAAUGAGGAUGUGCACAUCAUCGCUCGUUCUGAUGACGAGUUGUUGGAUGACUUUUUCCAUGAGCAGAGCAGCACUGGGGGACAAGCAGGCACUCUCUCUAGUAUUCCAACUGCCUUAACAAGAUGGACCGAUGAGUGUAAAGUGCUGGAUGCGGAGAGUAUGCAUGACUGUGUUGCAGUGGUGAAGGUGCCGAUCCUGCAGCAUCUGGAGAGUCUGCGAGAUGAGGAACUGGAAGAGCGUAGAGAGAAGAGAAGGAGGCAGCUGGCUGAGGAGGAGGAGUCUAAGCAGAAUGAGAGGAGGGCCUCUGGAGCAGAACAGGCCAGGGAACAGAGCCUGCAGGGUUCUGGAUUGGGGACAGUUAAUGGUGCAGAGAACACUGCAGAGGGUGAGCAGGCUCAGGGUGGUACGGUGUCAUGUCUGGACCCACCCAGGGUCUCAGAGGGCUUCCUUACUGCUCCCCCAUCUGGAGAGGUCACUCCCACCACGCCCGCUCCUCAUGAACAGACCUUAGUCUCCCUAGAGACUCCAAUCAGUCAGCAGGUCCACCAGCCAAUUACUGACCUGCUACUGGCCGAGUCGCAUGCAAGCUCACUGGCCGCUCUGGCAGGGGCGGGCCUUCCACCUUUGUCGGCAGCUGACAGGCCAAACAGUGAAGCGGAGGCAUCUCAGAUGGAAAUGUCCCCGGCACCCACAAUCGGUGAGAGAGUCGGAGGUGGAGGAGCAUUGGAUGAAGGCAGGGAAGCCUCCCUAAGUCCAGACAUUGUGGAGACCUCAGAGCCUGCGAUAGUGGGUGUGUCACAGCUGGAAGGGUCACCCAUGGAUACCAGCAGCCCUGCCUCUGCCACUCAGGAAGAAGCUGCUCCUAACCCUGCCCAGACCACCCAGCUGUCUCAGGAGCUGUCUGGCAGCGUGGAGAGUGGGCUGACUGACCGGCAAACAGAUGCAAAGACUGGCUCUACUUCUGUCUCAUCACCCGGGGAAACGAUGCCCAGGAGUGACAGCGCUGACAGCCAGUCUCAGGCCAUCCAGGAAGAGCCCCUCCCAUCCACCAGCAAUGAUGACGAGGACCCUCUUGCAGCGUUUGUUUUGGCAGGCAUCAGCCUGCCAGAGGGUGUGGAUCCCUCUUUCCUGGCAGCUCUUCCUGAGGACAUCCGUCGAGAGGUGCUGCAGAAUCAGCUCGGCAUCAGACCACCCUCCCGUCCCCCUGCUGCCACUACCUUGCCUUCCACUACAGCACCUGUACUGGGAGGACCAGGGGUUACAGAGGUCAGCCCUGAGUUCCUGGCAGCCUUGCCACCUGCCAUCCAGGAGGAGGUACUUGCCCAGCAACGGGCUGAGCAGCAGCGCAGGGAGCUAGCUCAACAGCCCACACAAGGAGACACUCCUCUGGAUCCAGUCACCUUCAUCCAGACGCUGCCCUCGGAGCUCCGGCGUAGUGUCCUGGAGGACAUGGAAGACAGCGUGUUGGCUGUCAUGCCCCCGGACAUUGCUGCUGAAGCAGCCGCGUUGCGUAGAGAGCAAGAAGCACGCCAGAGGCAACUGAUGCAUGAGAGGUUGUUCGGUCACAGCUCAUCUUCAGCCCUAUCAGCCAUUUUGCGCUCACCUGCCUUCACCAGUCGGUUAGGGAGCAAUCGUGGCGUCCAGUACACUCGACUUGCUGUGCAGAGAGGAGGCACAUUUCAAAUGGGUGGAGGAACAAACCACAGACCAUCCAGUUCCAGCGUGGACUCCUUGUUGCGUCUGCGCGGUCGGUUGCUGUUGGACCACGAGGCCUUGUCCUGCCUGCUGGUUUUGCUGUUUGUGGAUGAACCGAAGCUCAACACCAGCCGUCUGCACCGCGUGCUCAGGAACCUCUGCUACCACUCUCAGACCCGUGGUUGGGUCAUUCGGAGCCUGUUGUCCAUCCUCCAACGCAGCAGCGAGAGUGAGGUGUGUGUGGAGACCACACGUCUAGAAGACUCUCGUGGCAAGAGGAGCACCCAGGGAGGCUGUGCAGGAAAAGGGUCCGCUACCUCCUCCCUCUCCUCUUCAUCCUCGUCUUCAUCCUCAUCUUCCUCCUUAGAGCUACUGAACAGGGUGGAGUCUCGCAGCUCCAGCCAGCUUUCCUGGCUCUCUGUUUCUAUGGAUGCAGCCCUGGGCUGUCGGACAAACAUUUUCCAGAUUCAGCGAGCAUCGGGUAGGAAGCAUGCUGACCGCCACUCAGCUGGAGGUUCAACAGGAACUGGAGCUCUGGCAGGAGUGUCAGGCACUGCGGCGGGAGUCGCAUGUGCUGGAGGUGGAGGUUCAACCGUCCACAUCCACCCACAAGCUGCUCCAGUGGUCUGUCGACAUGUUUUGGACACACUCAUCCAGCUAGCAAAGGUGUUCCCCAGCCACUUCACUCAGCAGCGCUGCAAGGAUCUAUUAACAUCUUCGUCCGACCUGGACGCUCGUCUUUGUUCAAUCACCUCUGUGGGAGGGGGUGGAGGUGGGGCCUCCAGGACUGGAUCUCUAAGUAACCCCAGCUCCAAUGCCUCCAACACCCAGAACUCCUUCGGCUCCACCGCCGCUACCCUCCAGUCUCUGGGAAUCUCCACUGAUUUUUGGGACCUUCUGGUCAAGCUGGACAACAUGAAUGUCAGCCGCAAGGGCAAAGCCUCUAUGAAGACGGUGCCUCUGGGGAGCAGUGCCGAGGCCGAGGGGGCUCAGUUAAGCCUGGAGACCUCUCCUCUAGGCCAGCUGAUGAACAUGCUGUCCCACCCUGUAAUCAGACGGAGCUCCUUGCUCACUGAAAAGCUUCUGCGUCUGCUCUCCCUCAUAUCCAUUGCCCUACCUGACAACAAGGCCACCGAGGUGCCUGCUGGGCACCCAACCCCACAGGCUGCCAUCCCCAGUACGGCAUCCAGCUCAGGAGUCACAGCCCAAAUCACAACACAAGGCACAGUGUCAGCGGGCUCAAUCCAGCCUACUGUGACGGUCUUAGGGGCCUCUGUGGGAGCUGUAGUCCAGGGUACAUCCUCAGGGACGAGUCUAGCAGCCUCCCAGACAUCCUCUACAACCAUCUCUAUACCCACGUCCACUGGAAUAACCUCUGCAGGAAAACUGAGGGGCGCUACUAGCAGCACAGAGUGUGACAACAAGAUGGCCUCCAGUGGACUCACGGAGAAACAGCUGCAACUCUCUGUGGAGGUGUUGACAUCUCACUCAUGUUCAGAAGAGGGUCUAGAGGAUGCAGCCAACAUCCUGCUGCAGUUAUCUCGAGGAGAUGGCGCCACCAGAGACACUGUGCUGAGACUGCUGCUCAGUGGAGCCAGACACCUCGGAUACACUCUUUGCAAACAGAUCGGCACAUUGCUGGCCGAACUUCGAGAAUACAACUUGGAGCAGCAGAGACGGGCACAAGCUGAUUCACAUUCCCCGGAUGCCCCUCCUGAGGAUACCUCCCUCUCAGGCAGACUCAAGGGCAAGAUGUCUAGCAGGCUGGGGCACAGGUUUGACGGCUCGGAGAGUGUGGUCAUUGUGGCUGCACAAAAACGUACACUCGGGGGACGAGAGCUCCAGCUACCCUGUAUGAGCUCACUGACCUCCAAGACGUCGACGCAGAAGUUCUUCCUGCGAGUGCUGCAGGUCAUCAUCCAGCUCCGUGAGGACACACGGCGCGCCAACAAGAAAGCCAAGCAGACGGGACGAUUAGGCUCCACUAGUUUAGGCUCAGCCAGCAGUAUCCAAGCUGCGGUGCGUCAACUAGAGGCCGAGGCUGACGCCAUCAUCCAGAUGGUGAGAGAGGGUCAGCGGGCACGCCGGCUCCAACAGGCCCCCCCACCCACCGCCUCAUCUGCCUCUGCUGCUGUUGCCGCUGCUGCCGGAUCGUCAGUGGCGGCCCCCCAUGCCCCCACUGGUGCUGCUCCCCCUGCUGGCACGGCUGCUGCUUCCACGUCUGAAGGACAGUCGAUGUCAGAAGCCCAGGCUGCCCAGAGAGAUGAUUCUCCAAUGGACGUGGACCAGCCUUCUCCUCUAGACCAGGACCCUGCACCUCUGGAUGAGGACGGAAACGGACAGUCGGAGAGUGAGGAGAGACUGCCAGACCUACCGCUGCUCAGCGAGCAGCUGUUGUUGGAUGAGCUAUGGGACAUGCUUGGGGAGUGCCUGAAAGAGCUGGAGGAGUCCCAUGACCAGCAUGCCGUACUGGUUCUCCAGCCUGCUGUGGAGGCCUUCUUCCUAGUCCAUGCCACGGAGCGAGAAAGCAAACCUCCGGUGAGGGACACCCGGGAGAGCCAGCUUUCUCACAUCAAGGAUGAGCCUCCACCGCUGUCGCCGGCACCCCUCACACCUGCCACGCCCUCAUCCCUAGACCCGUUCUUCUCCAGGGAACCAUCCUCCAUGCAUAUCUCUUCAAACCUUCCACCGGAUACGCAGAAGUUCCUCCGCUUUGCCGAAACUCACCGCACAGUGCUUAACCAGAUCCUGCGCCAGUCCACCACUCACUUGGCUGAUGGGCCUUUUGCAGUACUGGUUGACUACAUACGCAUCCUGGACUUUGACGUUAAGAGAAAGUACUUCCGUCAGGAGUUGGAGCGACUGGAUGAAGGUCUUAGGAAGGAGGACAUGGCUGUUCAUGUGAGGAGAGAUCACGUGUUUGAGGACUCCUACAGGGAGCUGCAUCGCAAAAGCCCAGAGGACAUGAAGAAUAGGCUAUACAUUGUGUUUGAAGGGGAGGAGGGCCAGGAUGCUGGUGGCCUGCUGAGGGAAUGGUACAUGAUCAUCUCCCGGGAGAUGUUCAACGCCAUGUACGCCCUGUUUCGCACUUCGCCAGGUGACCGUGUCACCUACACCAUCAACCCCUCAUCCCACUGCAACCCCAACCACCUCAGCUACUUCAAGUUUGUGGGUCGUGUGGUGGCCAAGGCAGUGUAUGAUAACCGGUUAUUGGAGUGCUACUUCACCCGCAGCUUCUACAAGCACAUUCUGGGCAAGAGUGUCAGGUACACAGACAUGGAGAGCGAGGACUACCCGUUUUUCCAGGGUUUGGUGUACUUGUUGGAGAAUAAUGUGUCCACGCUGGGCUAUGAGCUGACAUUCAGCACAGAGGUCCAGGAGUUUGGAGUGUGUGAAGUGAGAGACCUCAAGCCAAAUGGAGCCAAUAUCCUGGUUACAGAGGAAAACAAAAAAGAGUAUGUGCACCUGGUCUGCCAGAUGAAGAUGACAGGUGCAAUCCGCAAGCAGCUGGCAGCCUUCCUCGAGGGAUUCUACGAGAUCAUCCCCAAGAGGCUGAUCUCCAUCUUCACUGAGCAGGAACUGGAGCUGCUCAUCUCUGGCCUGCCCACUAUCGACAUCGAUGACCUGAAGGCCAACACUGAAUAUCACAAAUACCAGUCCAGCUCCAUCCAGAUCCAGUGGUUCUGGAGGGCCUUGCGGUCCUUUGACCAGGCAGACCGGGCCAAGUUCCUUCAGUUUGUCACUGGCACAUCCAAGGUUCCCCUCCAGGGUUUCGCUGCUCUGGAGGGCAUGAACGGCAUCCAGAAGUUCCAGAUCCACCGUGACGAUCGCUCCACUGACCGCCUGCCAUCUGCUCAUACCUGCUUUAACCAGCUGGACCUCCCAGCGUAUGAAAGCUAUGAAAAGCUGAGACACAUGCUGCUGUUGGCCAUUCAGGAAUGCUCCGAGGGAUUCGGACUGGCCUAGACUGAGACUCGUAACACACACAGACAUGCAUACAAACACUUGAUUUAGAUUUGCCUACUCCAGACACAUUCACACUGAUAACCUUUGAACGCACGCACACACUAUCAUAGACAUUACUGACUUACUUGUUGAAUGGCCUAGACUUACUGGUUUCUGUUCCAUAUAAAACCGAUAAAACCAGCAAGUGAAAUGGACUGAUUGACAUCGCGUACAACACAGAGAGCCUCAUGUUGACACAAUUGUGUGUCCCUUCCCAAUUUAAUGGCAAAUGCAAGAGAGGAUUCAGAGGAUAAAACAUGGACUAAUAUAAGAGACGUUUUCUUCAUUUAGUUUGAUUUCUCUGUACAAAAGGUUUGGGAGUUUAUUAUGUUUAAUCUUUUUUGUUCUCUGGCUGUGUAAAAAGAAAAAAGAGAAUGUUGUUUGAACAGGAUGGUUAUAAAACCUUUGGGGAAAAAAAUGUUGGUUGUUUCUUGUUGCAAAUUUGUGACCUCACAAGCCUUGAUAACGGGGAACAUUUCUAUCGGGGGUAUAUGAACAACUUGAGAAGUUUUGGAGAUAUUCACAAAAAAUGCACUUUUCAAAGUUUUGUGGCAUUUUUAAGGAAGGAUGGUACAAAAAACUGAAGCGAAAACCUGAAGGAGAUUAAAAAAAAAAACAGUUAACCAUAAAUUCUAGAGUAUUUUUGGCUAUUAAAUCGCUGACCCAGCCUUGAGCCUUUGAAUCAGAGUGGAAUAACUACAUGAAUAAAUGCAUAAAAUUG